UGAUGAAUCGCAAUAAAUUAUAUCACUUGCCCGAUACUUACACUUUAAUUUGCAUUAUAUUUGCCUAAAUAAUUAUUAAACAAAAGUCAAACAUAAAAAUCGUUAGUAACUGCAAUGUCAAAAAGCUUCAAAAGAAUUCGCAGCUUCGCCACAAACACGACGUCAAAUUGGAACUCUUCCAUAAAAGAUACCGGGAAAUUAAAAGAGAGAGAUAUUUACCACGUGCGUUUAUCAGAUUCGUCCGAUUUGAGAAGCACGUACUCCUUCGGCGAGCAGAUCGGCCGUGGAGGAUUUGGGACGGUCAUCAAUGUCGUCGAUAGGCAAAGCGAGAAGGAAUGGGCGUUAAAAAUCGUCUGUAAGGCUGCGGUAAAGGAGAAAAUCGAUACGGUCUAUCGAGAGAUACGCAUAUUAAAGAUGGUGAAUCACCCUCAUAUCAUUUACCUGGACAAAGUGUACGAGUCCGCGAAAAAGAUCUACUUAGUUUUGGAACUUUGUCGCGGAACUCUGUCGACGAUUUACAAGGAACAGAAGCCCUUUUCGGAGAGUAACGCUCGGAAGAUAAUUAGGGAUCUGACCAGCGCAGUUUCGUACUUGCACAAACAUGACAUCGUUCAUAGAGAUUUAAAAUUGGAAAAUAUUCUUAUUGCCAAGAAUCCCGAAGACGUCGACGACGAGCUUUUUAUAAAAAUAACCGAUUUUGGAUUGAGUAUUGUUAAACAGGGGAGCGGCUAUGAGAACAUGCUGCACGAUCUUUGCGGGACUUUCGUUUAUAUGGCUCCGGAGAUCAUUACGAUGCACUCGUACAGCCAGCAGUGUGAUGUUUGGGCGAUUGGGAUAAUAAUGUAUAUGCUGCUGAUGGGCGAUUUGCCAUUUUAUUCCCCCGACGAGAGGGUUUUAACGGAUAUGAUUUGCGAGAGCCAGCCGUCCUACAACAAUUUUCCGGGCAGUACGGAAGCGCUCGAUUUGUUGACGAAGCUGUUGAAUAAGAAUCCCGCGCUAAGGUCGACGGCGGUCGAGGUGACGCAACAUCCGUGGAUUGUCGGUGAAGAAAUAAACGAGGCGAAGGAGCCGGAAAAUGUACUCGAUAUGAUGAGGCUAUGGCGAUCAGAUAUGAUGCUUCCGAUCGGCGACGAGUGCGAUUGGGUGUCGGAAGCAAAAGCGAUUAGGGAGCUGUCGCCGAAGAACGCUGGCGGUAACAAACAAAAGGUGCGGGACAGUGUGGGGAUGGCAUCGUCGUCAGCUGUCGCAUCACCUGCAAAUACACUCACACGCAAGCAAUCGAUGCACUUACCCGUUAAAAAUAUCCGUUUUGACAAAGCAGGUGGAAAGAGACAGCAACAGGAAGCCACCGAAGCGAGGCGAGGAACGACGAACACGCCCUCGCGCAACCAACCAAUGAACGAUCUACAACACGGCGCGAAUUUAGAAGUUUUCAAAGGAAACAAGAACUCAAAAUAAGGGGAGUGAAGUCGAUUUUAAUACUAUGUAUUGAAACGAAUAUUAAACAAUUUGUAUCCAUUGUUUUAUAAGUCACUCAUAAAUCGUACAGCAGCACUGUUUACAAAUUUAAAAUCUACAGAUUAAUUUAAGUAGACAAACAACGUAUCGUAAAUUUUGUAUUUUGUAAUAAACAUUUCGAUUCUGCAAAAAUAUAGUGAGGUGGGUGAGUAACCACCAUGGACUACAACUAAACCAACUGGAAUGAGAACAUUAAAAGGCAGAGAGUUACAGAAACUCGGUCUCGGUCUCUGUAACUCUCUGCCAUUGAUACUGUCGACC